AUGUCAAUCUUCCAAUGCAUUGAAUGUAAAGCUUUACAUUCCUUAGUGGUUGACGAAAGAGAAGGCACAGUUGUUUGUAAAAAAUGCGGAAGGAUACAAAUUGAUAAACUUAUAGAUGAUGGCCCUGAAUGAAGAAAUCUAACAGAAGAAGAUGGAUCAAGAGACCAAGAUCCUUGUAGAAUUGGAGCCCCUAAUAAUGAACUUCUCUCAGAUAAAGGCUUAUGCACAGUGAUUUCAAAACAUGAGACUCAUUAUGGACUUGCCAGAUGAGCCCAAAGAAGUAUGAGUUCUUCUCAAGAUAAAACUCUCUCCAUGACUUUCAGUGAAAUUGAUGAUUUUUGCCACAUUUUAUGUUUAAGUGAUAGUAUUUCUGAGGAAGCCAAAAAAAUAUUCAGGGUUUUAUUUUUAAAAAAAGUCACCAAAGGAAAAUCUCAUAUAGGAAUUUUAUCAGCAAUUAUAUACUGUUUGUGCAGAAAAUAUGGAAAUAAAAUCCCGCUAAAAGAAAUCUUAAAUAUUAACAAAAUUACAAAAAAUGAAAUAGUCAGAUGCUAUAACACUGUAAAAAUCCAUGCUCCUGAAGCUGCAAUAAACAGAGAAGAUUUUUCUUUAUUCGCUAAGCUUGCUAUUAAUUUUGAUUUUUCUAAUGAAAUGGUUACGAAAUGUGCACAAGCAAUGAAGAAAAUUAAAGACUGUAAUUUAAUGGUAAAUGAAGAAGAAAUGGCCCUGGCCUGCGCCAUUUCUUUAAUGGUCAGCUGGAUGAGCGGCAAAGAGAAUCUGUAUCCUGAAGAUUUGAGAAAAACUUCUGGGAUUAGUGAGGAUGAUAUAAGGAAAUGCUAUAGGAAGCUGUUUUUAAAGAGGUUUUUUAUUUUUAAUGGCCUGGGAGAUAAAUGGAGUAUUGCGACUGUUGCUAAUUUUUAA